ACGUCAUCACGCGGCGACGGCGCGCCAGCGAUUCUCGGGCGAGCCCCGACGGCGGCGGCUCCUGGCAGGUCUUGCCCCGUCUCCGCGGCGGUGGCACCCCCCCGAGAAAAAAAUCAGAAGGCUGAUGCAGAAGAAGCACCAACUGCUAAUCCUGUUGAGAUGUCUUGUAGUCCAUCGUUAAUAGAAUCGAUAUGUUCAAACUCUGAGAUACAGGGAACCACAAAAAUGAGAAAAAAUGGCGCUGCUUCCAGGCAUUUGCUUCCUCUUUCUGAUGAUAAUGAUAGUGAAGAAUCAAGAUCUAUUCAAAGAAAGAGAGUGCUUCCAUCUUGGAUGCUGGACAAGGACCUCCUGGUUCAGAGGAUUUCUGAGCCUGUAAUGAAAGGAGGUAGUAGAAUGAAAAAAGACCAAGGAAGGGGAGGAAGUAAUAUGGAGUCAUUAAAAUCAGAAGUAAAUGUACAGCAGAAAAAAAGAUUAGCCUCUGAAGAAACUAUAGAGGAUUUUGAAGGUGAAGAACAAGAUCAAGGGAGAAGGAGCCGUCUUGCCAUCCCUUCAUCUCAGAAUACAUCUGGAUUUCCUCUUGAGAGUACCAUAAGAAACAUGGAAGGAAAUGGCAAGACUGGAACAAAAACCCGUGGAAGUUCUCUGGAAAAAAAUGAUAGGCAGCUGCAUAGUAAAUUGUCCAAAAGAAUAGGUCAGAUCUCCAGUAAAACAAAUAGGAUUGAGGAAACAGAAAACAAAGAGCAGAUUACUGGUUCUACAAGCCAACAAGCUCACUGGGGCAGGACUUCCCAAUAUUUUGGUGCCCAGGAAGGGAUUCUUGAGCCUGAUGCAAAUCUGGAUUACGAGACUGAGAUUUCUGAUUCAACCAGAAGUGCGGAUGCUUCAGAAAGCUCCAAACAGAUCAAGCGUAAGAGGACACCUUGCAUGUAUGGAACAGGCUGUUACAGGAAGAAUCCCAUUCACUUUCAGCAGUUCAGCCACCCUAAUGAUGAUGACUAUCAUGAAAUGGAGAUCGUAACUCAGGAUAACAAUGAUAACAGGCCUGAAUGUCCAUAUGGAACAGCUUGUUAUAGGAAGAAUCCACAGCACAAGCUAGAAUACAAGCACAGUGCACCUCUAGUAACUGAAAGAGGAACCCGACAACGAACUUCAAGGAAUGGAAAAAAGGCUGUGGAGAAAGAUGGUGCCAAUGAUGAUGAAUCAAAUGAAUAUGACAUUAAUGAUAGCUUUAUAGAUGAUGAGGAAGAGGAGUGCGAACCUACUGAUGAAGACUCUGACUGGGAACCAAGUUCAGAAGACAAAGAUAAUGAAGAUGUUGAAACACUUUUGCAAGAAGCACAUAGAUUUGUUAAGACCAAAAAGUAGCUGCACAGAACAGCAUUACUAAUGUCUGAUCUGGUUGCGCGCAAGAAGAGGAAUUCCUUUGAAAACUGUUUUUCCUCAGUGAUGUAGGCACUACAGGAAGAUUUUAAUGGGGGCAAGGGGAGCCAGCAAUGCCUUUCUUUUCCAUAUGUAUUAUUUUAGUGGAGGCUUUUCGUUUUAUUAAGUCGUGGAGCCAGAGGACUGAGCUCUGAAAGUUUGUUGUUGUUGUUUUCUUGUCUAUUUCUUUUGCAACACCAUUGGUGUCUCAUAGUUUGAAAUACAAUUUUAAAGGUUGUUAAUGCUUCAUCUUCCUGUGCUUGAAAGAAAUAUUGGCAUUAGGAAAGUCUUUCAUCUUGCUGAAAUGCAAUAUAUAUUGUGUUGAAUGAAGAGGAGUUACACUUCACGCCUGCAGUAUUGCAGGCUAAUUCUUGGCCAUCACUGGGGAAUCUGUCUAAACCAUUUUUUAACAUUCUUAUGAGUUAUUGCAGUCUUAAACGUCAUUAUUCUGCUACUGGCUUUCCUUUUAGGUGUCAUUUCUUUGAUUCUUUUGAUGUACAGUAGUAAAAUACCAGUUGUCCAAAUCACUUAGGAGAAGUAUCUCAGUGCAUCGAACCACUUGGUUAUCUCAACAAUAAUUACGGUAUAUUUUCUGUAAUUACAGUAGUACCUCUUUCCACGCCUGUACAUCACUGGUAUUGUGUUCAGUUCACAGCAAAGCUGAAGUCUUGAUGACUGUAUUUUUGCACAAUUAAACUUGUAACAUACUGUGGGAAAAACUUGUAACUGUGUCUCUGUGAUUUCUAAAGACUUUGUUGGAAGAUCUUGCCCUCAGUGUGUUCACAACUUUCCUGAGCUUUCAAGAAAGAAGCUUUAAAAAGUUUUAGUAUGUUUCAGGAUAGAUUACAGGAGCCAUGUGAAUUUGGCACUUUUUUGGACACAAUCCUGAAGUUCAGCAGGGGCAGCAUUAUUGUAUGGCUGUGGCUGCCCUGUGAACAUCUGCCAAUCAUUGUUGAAAUUAGACAUCCAAAUACACUCAAGCUUUUCAGUGAGGUGGCAAAAUGUUCUUUGCUUAAAAUAAAAUGGCCAUUGCUGCAAA